AUGAGUUCCUCUAAUUCUCAUUCUCAAUCCCAAAAGCCUUCAAUCAAUUAUGGCUCACCAUGCGCAGCAUGUAAAUUUUUAAGAAGAAAGUGUCUUCCCGAUUGCAUUUUCGCUCCGCAUUUUCCAGCCGAUCAGCCUAAAAAAUUCGAAGCUAUACAUACGAUUUACGGUGCCAGUAACGUGUCUAAACUUCUUAAUCAAUUGAGUUAUGAUGAGCGAGAUAAAGCUGCCAAGUCUCUAAUCUAUGAGGCAGAGGCUUGGCAGCGUGAUCCCGUGCAUGGCUGCGUUGGUUUUAUAUCAAUUCUUCAGAAGAGGCUUAAUGAACUUCAAAUUGAACUCGCCAUCGCUCGAAGAGAGCUUUCAACUUACAUAGUAUCAGAAGCUCCUCAAGAUGCAAAUGCUUUCCGGAGAUCAAACUGA